AUGACGAUCUAUACUCAUAACGCACACACGCUUGCAUCGGAAGCGGCCAUCAAAGAUCUGAUGAUGCAAGCCAAGAAGAUUAAGCACGACGUCAUUGGACUGAGCGAGACGAGAGGACGCCAUCUCCUCAACGCCGAAAAGGCGACAAAGAAAGACCUUAAAGAGAGAAGAGCAGAAGCGCUGGCUGAAACUGCAGAGGCGGAGAAAAGCAUUCGCUAUGCUCGUCGAGACGUGUCGGUAAGAAAUCGUACGACACCCGGUACCAACAGAAUAAGACCAGAACACCUGAAGAACCUUUCGCCAGUACUCAUCAACACCCUGGCGAGGCUCUUUACACGCUACCUGUCGAAAUGCAAGCUUCCUAAACAGUGGAAGACUAGCAAGACCGUGUUGUUGUAUGAAAAGGGAGAUCCACAUGACAUCGGGAACUAUCGCCCAAUCUGCUUACUGUCCGCCAUCUAUAAACUCUUCACAAGAGUGAUCUUUAAUAGGAUUGAAAAAGUCUUAGAUGAAGGACAGCCAUGCGAGCAAGCAGGGUUUCGAAAAGCAUUCAACACGAUUGACCACAUUCACACUGUUUCUAAACUCAUCGAGGUACCACGAGAGUACAAGAUGCCGCUCUGUCUCACCUUCAUCGACUUGAAGAAGGCCUUCGACUCAGUUGAGACGGAAGCGAUCAUGGAAGAAUUGGACAACCAAGGCGUUCCUACUCAGUACAAAGCCAACCCAGAAAACGCAAUGCGAAAGUUGGAAUGGGACGACAUGGGAGUGAAGAUUGAUGUUCGUCGGCAGAAGCACCAUUUGCUCUUUGCUGAUGACAUCGUACUGAUAACACCUGGCAUCAGCCAAGCGGAACGAAUGGUGACCGAAUUCUACGAAACAUGUGGAUGCAUCGGUCUUCAGCUGAAUCUGCAAAACACGAUGUUAAUGCGGAUGCCCCACUCACGCUCAACGGAACGAACAGAUCCGAAUGCACCAGCUACGUUUAUCUGGGUCGGGAAUUGA